AUGAGUUCAUCAGGAAGUAUACGUUCAACUGCAAGUGCCUCUUCUAUUGAUACUAAUCAAACUGGGGAUGAAAAUGCUCCUCUUUGGGGUUACGUUACGAAAAUAGCUAAAAGGGAUGAAGACAGAAGUGCUGGGUUAGCCUUUCAUUUGGCUAGGAAUCCAUAUUUUGUGGGUGCUUUUAAAUUUGCUGCUGAGAAUCAAAUUAUAGGGUAUGUCCCUCCUCGUUACAACUUAUUGAGGACUACUCUACUUCAAAAAGAAAAAGCAAAUAUUGAUAGGCUGUUGGAACCAACAAAACAAUCAUGGAAUAAAAAAGGGUUGAGUGUAGUAGUCGAUGGAUGGACCAAUGCACAAAGGAGACCUCUUAUCAAUCUCAUGGCAGCAUCUGAUGGUGGAGCUAUGUUUGUAAGAGCUGUUAAUUGUAAAGGUGAGUACAAAGACAAGUAUCAUAUUGCUAAAUUAAUUAGUGAGCUGAUUGAUGAAGUAAGCCCUCAUAAUGUGAUUCAAGUAAUUACUGACAAUACUCCUGUUUGUAGUGCAGCUGGAUCAAUCAUACAAGAAUGUAGUAGAAUGCUUUUAAUAAUGUCAGUGAUACGUUUUAGUGUUCUAAUGACUACAUAUGAGGAGAUUGAUAUUAACUGGAUUGGUUUGGUUUACCAAAUGGGAGGUGUUGUUGGGGAAGCUUUGAGGCUUAUAUUCAUGGAGAUUUUUGUUAAAAUGAAGGGUCUCAAACUAAACCCUAUUUUUGUCAUGUACUACGUUAGUCCCUGCAGUGUUCUUUGCUUGUUCAUUCUGUGGAUUUUUCUAGAGAAGCCAAAGAUGGACGCCCAAGGGACAUGGAGCUUUCAACCUGUUAUCCUAACACUCAAUUCUCUCUAUACUUUUGCACUCAAUCUAUCAGUUUUUCUUGUGAUCUCGCAUACAAGUGCUUUGACAAUUCGUGUUGCUGGAGUUGUCAAGGAUUGGGUUGUUGUCUUACUAUCAGCCCUUCUGUUUGUUGAUACAAUGUUGACAAUGAUAAAUCUGUUUGGUUAUGGCAUUGCCAUUGCAGGUGUAGUUGCAUAUAACAACCACAAGUUGAAAAAGGAAGCUUCUCAAGGCUCCUUUGAUGAGUCCCAACAUGCUGAAUCUACGCCAUUAACUUCAUCCUCAACUAUUGAAAGUAGAUAAAUAGAGAGCGGUCUCACAGUUUAGUCUGAGGUAUGCAACUUUAAUUGUUCAAUUUGACUCUUCCCUCAAAGUGUAAGGAGUUUGAAGUAAGAUUUGUGGCACACACUGUUUG